GCUGAUAAUGAUGAUUAGAGAGAAAAUGAAUUAGUACGGUGGAUAUACAAUGUGGAACUACAUUUUAUUAUAAAAUUUCUAGUGUAGCGACACAAAGUAUUUUGAAGAAUCUCGUGCACAUUAUCCGAAGAGUGUGAUAAAGUAUUAUAAUACCAAAAUGGAAUUAACAGAAGAAUCUGUAAAAAUACCCACAACCAUGGGGGCAUACGCUUUUGGGCCUUUGCUUUCUGUGCUUUUAGUGAAAUAUGUGCUAUACGAUAAUGGAUUUACCCUUGCUAACCUUUUAUUGGUGGCAGGCGUGACUUAUGUCCGUUGGUUUCUGCUAAGAGAAAAAAGUUCCCGGUUUCAAGACAGUGCCGCACUUAUUUUGUUUGUUUUCUUUGAUAAGAGUCUUCUCAACUUUGGAAAUGUGUUGCUCCUUCUAGGAAUCGCAUGCAUUCAUGAACAAUUUAAUAUGAUUGAAAUCGCUCACGUUUGCAAGCUAAAACCAAAAAAUCCCUUUGAGAGUAAAGUUUGUUCCGCAUGUUCUUUGAUUGAAUCCAAGGAAGCCAUAUCCUUGGCGUGUGGAUUAACUCUAGCUUUGCUGGGCUGGUACAGCGUGGGCAGGGUCCUUAUUAUUUAUGCGCUCAUCGUGUUUUAUUACUAUUAUUCCCUGUUCCUAUCGAUAAUCUGGAUGAAUCUCGUUUAUGGACUAAUCGUGAGCUUUUGGGAAUUCAUCAAGAAUAUGAUAAACGAAAUAAAGUACCUUCAUAGAACAAAGACGAGUCAGGAUCAUUGAUGCAUAAUCAAAAUAAUUCACUGCUCCUUAUCGAUUUGUAUCCAUCAAUAAAAAUCUAAUUUUCGGAAGGUUAA